GGUAACUUGAUGCAUGACAUACUGUACGAUCUAAACAACUUAAAAGCAAAAGAAUUAGAGUAUUCCUCACAAGAAAUGAAGACGACGAUGCAAAUGCAGUUGACCGCCGCAGCUGCAGCGGCGUUGCUGCUGGCGACUGGAUUUGCCUUGGCGGCGAGCGCGGCGCAGACCGAAUCUAGAGGAUCCGGGCUGGGCUGCCCGAGCAAGUGCGGAAAUGUUACGAUAUACUACCCGUUCGGCGUCGGGGAGAAAUGUGCCUUGAACAGAGACUUCACUCUCAGCUGCGAAGACUCAAAGUUAUGGACGACCUACUCCCAAAAUUCUCAAACCCAGAAAAGGGAGUCCCAAAUCACAGCCAUUGAUUACGGUAAAGGGCAGAUGGAUAUUCUGAAGCAAGUAUCCAGCGACUGUUACACAGAAUCCGGCAAACGUAUCCCAGCCAAACACGAUUGGCUUAAUGUCACAAAUGCCUUCACCGUUUCCAGUAAAGCGAACACUUUCUACACCGUCGGCUGUAACACUUAUGGAGUGUUCAGAAGCUCGAAGGAGGGCAGUAGAUUCGCGACUGGGUGCGUUCAGAUUUGUGACAGAGCCCCGGAAAAGAAGGACGUCGGGAACUGCUCUGGGUUCGGGUGUUGCCGGACGAAUAUUCCGGCGAUUGGGCUCAGGGACAUCGAGGCUGAGGCCAGGAGCCUCACCUUCGAUAAAAAGGUGUGGAAGUUCAACAACUGCAGCUAUUCUUUUGUGGCGAAAAAAGGGUGGUAUGGUUUCAUCCCGGAGGAUCUAAUGCGUCUGAGGUUUGACUCGGCGCCUCUGGUCGUAAAUUGGGCCGUCGGGAAUCGGAACCAGACUUGUAAAAGCGCUGAUACAGACGGCGGUGGGUAUGUUUGCGGCCCAAACACAGAGUGUGUGGAGACGGAAUUCCGGUGUGGGUACCGAUGUAAAUGCAAAGACGGAUAUGACGGGAUUCCUUACAGCCCGCAUGAAUGUUAUAAUAUAGAUGAAUGUAAAUAUAAUAAACAAUCACCUGAGUAUCCUUGCGGGGAAGAAGCAACAUGCUAUGACACAAAUGGUAGCCACGCUUGUAAGUGUGGAAAAGGAUAUGAAGGAGAUGGGAACAAAAGUGGAGAGGGUUGCCGCAAAUCUAUUAGCAAUAAUACCGUGCUAUUAGUUGGUUUGAGCAUUAGUACUGGCGUGACAACAUUGCUUGUAGUAAGCUUAUUCAUAUAUUGGGGAUUGAGGAAGAGGAGACUUAGCAAACUUAGAGAGAAAUUUUUCCAUCAAAAUGGUGGUAUUUUGUUACAACAACAAAUAGCCGGAAACGGAGGGUCAAAUGAUGCAAGAAUGAAAAUCUUCACUUUGAAAGAUCUUGAGAAAGCCACUAACAAUUUUGAUGAAAAAAAGAUCUUAGGUCAAGGUGGAUAUGGAACAGUUUACAAAGGAGUACUCUAUGAUAUAGGAGCGGUAGCUAUAAAAAGGUCCAAUAUUUGUGAGAAACGUCAUGUUGAACAGUUCAUCAAUGAGGUCAUCAUUCUCUCCCAAAUCAAUCAUAGAAAUGUUGUGAAGCUCUUCGGUUGCUGUUUAGAGACGGAAGUUCCAUUACUAGUCUAUGAGUUUAUAACUAACAACACUCUAUAUGAGCACCUCCAUAAACAAGCCCAAUCGUCUAAUCUUUCAUGGACAACCCGUUUAAGAGUGGCAUCUGAAUCUGCAGGAGCGCUAUCGUAUUUACACUCCGCUGCUUCUCCCCCAAUCAUUCACAGAGAUAUAAAGACAGCCAAUAUACUACUAGAUGAUAGGCUCACCGCAAAAGUUGCUGACUUUGGAGCUUCAAGGCUUGUUCCUCUUGACCAAACUCAAGUCACAACUUUAGUGCAGGGAACAUUUGGAUAUCUAGACCCAGAAUACUUCCACACGAGUCAAUUGACACAUAAAAGUGAUGUUUAUAGUUUUGGGAUUGUUCUGGCGGAGCUUUUAACCGGAGAGAAGGCAAUUUCAUAUGAUAGGGCAGAUGAUGAUAUGAAUCUAGGGGCUUAUUUUGUUUCUUCACUUGAAAAUGGCCGGAUGUCUCAAAUUAUGGAUCCUCAUAUAGUUAAUGAUGUGGACUUCGAGCAAUAUAUGGAAGUUGCGAAGAUUGUGAGCCGGUGUUUGAAGGUGAAGAGAGAGGAAAGGCCGACUAUGAGAGAAGUGGCGAUGGAGAUAGAGGGAUUGAGAGGGCCUGAAAGGCAACCAUUGGAAGGAUUGGGAGACAAUGAAAUGUCUUCUCGCACAAUUAAUGUUAGAGAUUCCUUCAUAAGUAGGUUUUACACAAUUGAUGGAGAAAGCAUGGAGCCAUUUUCUAGGUCAUUGAGUGGUGGGAGAUGAUGGCAAUUUGAUCUUGUUUUCUCCUAGUAUUGAAUUUGAUUUUUUCACACCACAUUCUAACUUUGCCAGUGUUCCCUUUACAAUUGUAUCGGAAUUAAUCGAUCAAUCUCUUUUUAGGCAAGAUAGAAGAGUAAGGUGAGAGAGACAUUCCAUCAAAUUAAUAUGUAACAGUUUGUAUUAUUCGAUCAAUCUCUUUUUAGGCAAAAGUGAUAUUAUUUAGACUA